AUGAUUACAAUAACAGGUAUCAAACCAUCCAUAAAAGGUUAUUUAAGAACACGCCGCAUCGUUCUUCAUCCAAUUUUUAUUUUAAUGCAGGUAUCCGCUCCAUAGCUUUGCAUUGGUGUAUGAAUCAAUUACAAAAAGAAAGCCUUCGAACAAUUAAACCUGAGCUUCGUAAAUAAUAGUUAGGUGUUCUUCGAAUGUGUUGUAGAUUUGAUAGCUACUCUCAUUCUCCUCACUGGAGUCUUUUCAGUGAGGAAGGCGAGAAAUUUCUUUAUGGGUGGCAAAAUUACUCACAUUUUACUGGCAAUGCUUUCUGGGAUACUUUGUGUAUUUUCAGCACAAUUAUUUUUUUGCAUUGGAUUAAAAUAAAUUAUAUUCACACAAAUAUUGCUAUUAAAAAAAUCUAGAUUAUAUACAAUUGGGCUUUAUAAUUUUUCCUAAUUUAUAUAAUAAAAUAUAUACGUCUGGUGGGAUCACAGCGCCUUGAAUGCUGGUUACCCCUAGUGUUGUUGGUCUUUUAGGUAUGAUUUUAAAGUACGAAUCCAGAAAAACUUUGAAAAUUUUCGGAGUUACUAUUUCCUUAAUUGGCGUGCUCUCCUUUAUUGGCAUUGACUUUUUCUAUGAAGAAUAUAUCAGUUUUGUAGGAACUCUAUCAUUAAUGAUCCACGCAAUAGCUCUUGCAGUUGGCUUAUUAUUAUGAAGGAAAUUAUUAAAAAUUUAUAAGCAUCCACCUCUGGUAGUCUCAACAUGGGCAGUAGGAACAGGCACCAUUUGCAUGAUUUUUGCUUAUUUAUCGCAGGAGCUCUGGUGGAUUGUCCCUCCUGAUUUUGAAAAUGACAUUUCUCAAAGCUAUGCUAAAUAAUAAAUGAAAGCAUUAUUACUGAUUAGCUGUUUGGCUAUUUCCUAUAUAAAUAUAGGAUAACAAUAAUCUGUAGGAAUAUUUAUAUUCUCCAUAAGUAUAUCAUAUUUUUGGGGUAAUCGUCACCAUUUCUGUAGCUUAUGCAUGCAACUAUGGAAUCCUCGCCUGAGCUACCAGAAGGUCUGCGAUUUCUGUUGUCGCCUUAUAUGCUAGCGCAAGACCAUUAUUUACAGAAACAUUAAGCUUCAUUAUUUCGCGUCAUUACACAACAAUUGAGAUGAUAAUUUCUAGCAUCCUCAUGGUAAUGGUCUUAUGUGGGCUACUUUUGAACUCAUAUAGCAAAAAGAAGGAAAAAGGAUCAAUUAUAAGGAAGCAAUAUCAAAAGACUGAAGGGAAGCUGAGGACGAUUUUUUCUACUGUGGUUGUAGGAUUUCAAGAGCCUGUUAAUACAGCUCCUUUGUAUAAACGAUUAGUUUAG